UGGGACUAAACCAAACUGACUGGUGAAUAAACAGUGAACUGAGGGACUGAGCUGUUGAUUCUCAGUGGGACCAGCAGGACCAGUAGACCUAGACCACUACAGGGAGUCAUGUGGUCCACAUCCAGACAUCACUUCAUGGACCUUUACCUUGUUUUGGUCUCUGUGAGGACGGACACCAUGUGAGCUGAUGCUUCAUGAUUAAAUGAUGAUGUGAUGAUGUAAUCUCAGUGUUUCUUUAAGUUCACUUCAGCGGAGAAGAAAGUCUCCUGAACCCAGCUGUGUGUCCAUUAAGAGUGAUCAGUCUAUGGGUCCUCCACUAAACUUCAAAGAUGAUCAGUCCAUGGGUCCUCCUCUACUCUUCAAAGAUGAUCAGUCCAUGGGUCCUCCUCUACACUUCAAAGAUGAUCAGUCCAUGGGUCCUCCUCUACACUUCAAAGAUGAUCAGUCUAUGGGUCAUCCUCUACUCUUCAAAGAUGGACGCUGUUCUUAUGACCCAGAAGACAACCAGGAGAGCUCCGAGGUUCCCACAGGUCAGUCUGCCCAGCAGCAUCAAACACACCUUGACUCCAUCUUCAUGCUGCUGGAGGAGAACAUCCUCACUUUUGUGAAGACCGAACUGAAGAAGAUCCAGAAGAUUGUGAAUUCAGAUUACCCAGAAUGCUUAGAGAGUCAGAGGGAGGAUGAAGAGGUGCUGGAUGGCAAGGAUGAAGAGCAGAGGAGGAGCAGAGAGGCAUUUGGGAAGAUCUCAGUGCACUUCCUGAGGAGAAUGAAGCAGGAGGAGCUGGCUGAGCGUCUGCAGAGCAGACUUCUUGCUGCAGUUUGUCAGCGUGAACUCAAAUCCAACCUGAAGAAGAAGUUCCAGUGUGUGUUUGAGGGCAUCGCUAAAGCAGGAAACCCAACCCUUCUGAAUGAGAUCUACACAGAGCUCUACAUCACAGAGGGAGGGACUGCAGACGUCAAUCAAGAACAUGAGGUCAGACAAAUUGAAACAGCAUCCAGGAGACCAGGCAGACCAGAAACAACCAUCAGACAAGAAGACCUCUUCAAAGCCUCAGCUGGAGGAGAGGAACCAAUCAGAACAGUGAUGACUAAGGGAGUUGCUGGCAUUGGGAAAACAGUCUUAACACAGAAGUUCACUCUGGACUGGGCUGAAGACAAAAACCACCAGGACAUACAGUUCACAUUUCCAUUCACCUUCAGAGAGUUGAAUGUGCUGAGAGAGAAGAAGUACAGCUUGGUGGAACUUGUUCAUCACUUCUUCAGUGAAACCAGAGCAGCAGGAAUCUGCAGGUUUGAAGAGUUCCAGGUUGUGUUCAUCUUUGACGGUCUGGAUGAGUGUCGACUUCCUCUGGACUUCCACAACAAUGAGAUCCUGACUGAUGUCACAGAGUCGGCCUCAGUGGAUGUGCUCCUCACAAACCUCAUCAGGGGGAAGCUGCUUCCCUCUGCUCGCCUCUGGAUAACCACACGACCUGCAGCAGCCAAUCAGAUCCCUCCUGAGUGUGUUGGCAUGGUGACAGAGGUCAGAGGGUUCACUGACCCUCAGAAGGAGGAGUACUUCAGGAAGAGGUUCAGAGAUGAGGAGCAGACCAGCAGAAUCAUCUCUCACAUCAAGACCUCUAGAAGCCUCCACAUCAUGUGCCACAUCCCUGUCUUCUGCUGGAUCACUGCUACAGUUCUGGAAGUGGAGUUGAAGACCAGAGAGGGAGGAGAGCUGCCCAAUACCCUGACUGAGAUGUACAUCCACUUCCUGGUGGUUCAGUCCAAAGUGAAAAAGGUCAAGUACGAUGGAGGAGCUGAGACUGAUCCACACUGGAGUCCAGAGAGCAGGAAGAUGAUUGAGUCUCUGGGAAAACUGGCCUUUGAUCAACUGCAGAAAGGCCACCUGAUCUUCUAUGAAUCCGACCUGACAGAGUGUGGCAUCGAUAUCAGAGCAGCCUCAGUGUACUCAGGAGUGUUCACUCAGAUCUUUAGAGAGGAGAGCGGACUGUACCAGGACAAGGUGUUCUGCUUCGUCCAUCUGAGUGUUCAGGAGUUUCUGGCUGCUCUUCAUGUCCAUCUGAUCUUCUUCAGCUCUGGUGUCAAUCUGCUGUUAGGAAAAAAAAAAACCUCCUCGUUGGUCUUUAGAGACAAACCCAAAUGUCUCUACCAGAGUGCUGUGGACCAGGCCUUACAGAGUCCUAAUGGACACCUGGACUUGUUCCUCCGCUUCCUCCUGGGUCUUUCCCUGGAGACCAAUCAGACUCUCCUACAAGGUCUGCUGACACAGACAGGAAGUCUUUCACAGACCAAUCAAAGAACAGUGCAGUACAUCAAGGAGAAGAUCAGUGAGAAUUUGUCUCCAGAGAAAAGCAUCAAUCUGUUCCACUGUCUGAAUGAACUAAAUGAUGGUUCUCUAGUGGAGGAGAUCCAAUGGUCCCUUAGUUCAGGACGUCUCUCCACAGGGAAACUGUCUCCUGCUAAGUGGUCAGCUCUGAUCUUCAUCUUACUGUCAUCAGAAGAAGAUCUGGAGGUGUUUGACCUGAAGAAAUACUCUGCUUCAGAGGAGGCUCUUCUGAGGCUGCUGCCAGUGGUCAAAGCCUCCAAAAAAGCUCUGCUGUCAGGCUGUCUGAUCACAGAUGAAGGCGUUGCUUCUGUGGCCUCAGCUCUGAGCUCCAACCCCUCCCACCUGAGAGAGCUGGACCUGAGUAAAAACGACCUGCAGGAUUCAGGAGUGAAGCUUCUUUCUGUUGGACUGAAGAGUCCACACUGUGAACUGGAGACUCUCAGACUGAGUGGCUGUAACCUCUCACAGAGAAGCUGUGAAGCUCUGUCCUCAGUCCUCAGCUCCCAGUCCUCUAGUCUGAGAGAUCUGGACCUGAGUAACAACGACCUGCAGGAUUCAGGAGUGAAGCUUCUGUCUGUUGGACUGAAGAGUCCACACUGUGACCUGGAGACUCUCAGACUGAGUGGCUGUAACCUCUCAGAGAGAAGCUGUGAAGCUCUGUCCUCAGUCCUCAGCUCCCAGUCCUCUAGUCUGAGAGAUCUGGACCUGAGUAACAACGACCUGCAGGAUUCAGGAGUGAAGCUUCUGUGUGCUGGACUGAAGAGUCCACACUGUGACCUGGAGACUCUCAGACUGAGUGGUUGUAACCUCUCAGAGAGAAGCUGUGAAGCUCUGUCCUCAGUCCUCAGCUCCCAGUCCUCUAGUCUGAGAGAUCUGGACCUGAGUGACAACAACCUGCAGGAUUCAGGAGUGAAGCUGCUGUCUGUUGGACUGAAGAGUCCACACUGUGACCUGGAGACUCUCAGACUGAGUGGCUGUAACCUCUCACAGAGAAGCUGUGAAGCUCUGUCCUCAGUCCUCAGCUCCCAGUCCUCUAGUCUGAGAGAUCUGGACCUGACUGACAACAACCUGCAGGAUUCAGGAGUGAAGCUGCUGUCUGCUGGACUGAAGAGUCCACACUGUGAACUGGAGACUCUCAGACUUGAUGGCUGUAACCUCUCAGAGAGAAGCUGUGAAGCUCUGUCCUCAGUCCUCAGCUCCCAGUCCUCUAGUCUGAGAGAUCUGGAUCUGAGUAACAACGACCUGCAGGAUUCAGGAGUGAAGCUUCUGUCUGUUGGACUGAAGAGUCCACACUGUGACCUGGAGACUCUCAGGCUGUCAGACUGUUUGAUCACAGAUGAAGGCGUUGCUUCUGUGGCCACAGCUAUGAGCACCAACACCUCCCACCUGAGAGAUCUGGACCUGAGUAACAACGACCUGCAGGAUUCAGGAGUGAAGCUGCUGUCUGUUGGACUGAAGAGUCCACACUGUGACCUGGAGACUCUCUGGCUGUCAUGCUGUCUGAUCACAGAGGAAGGCUUUGCUUCUGUGGCCUCAGCUCUGAGCUCCAACCCCUCCCACCUGAGAGAGCUGGACCUGAGCUACAACCAUCCAGGAGACUCAGGAGUGAAGCUGCUUUCUGCUGGACUAGAGGAUCCAUCCUGGAGACUGGAGACUUUCAGGGUGGAGCCUGAUGGAGUCCGAUGGUUCAAACCAGCUCUGAGGAAGUAUUCCUGUGAACUCACAAUCGACACAAACACAGUAAACAGAAAACUCAAACUGUCUGACAACAACAGGAAGGUGACACGUGUGAAGGAGGAGGUUCAGUCAUAUCCUGAUCAUCCAGACAGAUUUGACUACUGGCCUCAGCUGCUGUGUAGAACUGGUCUGACUGGUCGCUGUUACUGGGAGGUCGAGUGGAGAGGAUACGUUCAUGUAUCAGUGAGUUACAGAGGAAUCAAGAGGAAAGGAGACAGUGAUGUCUGUUGGUUUGGAUGGAAUCAUCAGUCCUGGAGUCUGAUGUGCUCUGAUAAAGGUUACUCUGUCUGUCACAAUAAGACAGAAACACGCAUCACCUCCUCCUCCUCCUCCUCCUCCUCUGGUAGAGUAGCAGUGUAUGUGGACUGUCCUGCUGGCUCUCUGUCCUUCUUCAGAGUCUCCUCUGACACACUGAUCCACCUCCACACCUUCAGCACCACAUUCACUGAACCUCUUUAUCCUGGGUUCUUGCUCUGGUCUGGUUCCUCAGUGUCUCUGUGUUCUCUGUAGGACGGAGAGUCUCCUCCUGGUGGAGAACCUUCCUCUCUUCAGGACGGAGAGUCUCCUCCUGGUGGAGAACCUUCCUCUCUGCAGGAGGGAGAGUUUCCUCCUGGUGGAGAACCUUCCUCUCUGCUCACCACAUAGUUCAGUCUGUACAGCUGAUGUAGGUCCAUGUGGAUGUAGGUGCAGGUGGAGCAGGUGAGGGGUACCUGAGCUGGUCUGGACUCUGGGGGUCCACAGCUCUCUGGGACUUGUGGUGUUGCAGAUGAACGUCUGAAAGAGCUCA